UCACACUUGUUGCGCCCGUUGACGUUGAUGUGUUGCGUGUGUGUUACCGUGUUGUACCAUUGUGUUUACGUAUCGGUGUGUAUACCUCAGAGCAGUCUAGUGCCAAACUGCCUACCUAUAUUAUAGUUGGUCGUAGCUAAUAUAACAACAAUGUAUUGGACUUAUAUUUUAAUAACUUGUAUACAGUUAACUUAUUGUAAAGUUAUUGUUCCACCGACUGCAGUUUUAGAUUGGUGGCAAAAUGCCAUAGUUUACGAAAUAUUUCCGUUGUCAUUCAAAGAUACAAAUGGCGAUGGGUCAGGCGAUUUUAAAGGUAUAAAUGAAAAAUUAGAUUACCUCGUAGAUAUAGGUGUGACUGCAAUUUGGUUAACGCCAUUUUUCGAAUCACCUUUAGAAUCUGGUGGUUACGACAUAACUAAUUAUGUAGAUGUACAACAAAUUUUUGGUACAUUAGAUGAUUUCAAAGAUCUUUUAAAUGCGGCACAUUCAAAAAACUUAAAAGUUAUUAUGGACUUUGUUCCUAAUCAUACUAGUAAUAAACAUAUUUGGUUUGAAAAGUCUGCCAAUAAUGAAACUGAUUACGCCGACUAUUAUAUUUGGAAAGAUGCAAAAAAUCAAGAGGCAGUGAUAAAAGAUAACAAUACGACUCCCAUUGUGCCAAAUAACUGGCAAAUGAUUGUUGAAGAUGCCAGUGUUUGGACUUGGCAUGAAACUCGCAAACAGUUUUAUUUAGCUCAGUUCAUUAAAAAUUUACCAGAUUUAAAUUUUCGAAAUAAAAAAGUUCACGAAGAAAUGAAGAAUAUUUUGAAAUAUUGGAUAGAAUUGGGAAUUGAUGGAAUUCGAGUAGAUGCUUUAAAACAUGUAUACGAAAGCGAAAAUCUGGAAGACGAACCAAUAAUAGAUAGUAAUUUGGUGAUUAAUUACAGUAAUUUAGAUCAUAUAUAUACAACAGACCAAGACGAAAUAUAUGACUUAAUUAAAGAAUGGCGUCUAUUACUUGAUGACUUCAAGCAAAACGAUCGUUAUACAAGGAUAAUAAUGACUGAAUCAUAUAGUAAUAACAGCGUUUUAUUUAAAUAUUACACUAGUGGAGCUGAUAUACCAACAAACUUUAAUUUAAUAGAAAACUAUCAUUAUACUCCUAAAGAUUAUAAAAGAGAAAUUGAAAAUUGGAUAACUAAAAUGCCAGUUGGAGCAACAUUUAAUUCGGUGCUCCAAAACCACGACAGACAUAGAUUCCCUACUUCGUACGGUCCAGAACUAAUUGAUGGUAUGAACGCUUUAUCCUUAUUUCUACCCGGCGUAUCCAUAGUUUUAUAUGGAGGAGAAAUUGGUAUGGAAGAUAUACCAGAUAAAAUCAAUUAUGCAAGAAGUCCCAUGCAGUGGGAUGACACGAAAUAUGCAGGGUUCACUAAUAGCACACAUGAACCAUGGGUUGCGGUACAUCCAAAUUAUGUCACGAGAAACGUACAGACGGAAAAUUACAAUCCAAAAAGUUAUUUGAACUUUUUCAAAUCCAUAUCGAAAUUACGCCAGACUGAAACGUUUAAAAGAGGAGGGUUGGCAAUUGACAUUUUUAACGAUACAGUGUUGGUUUUGAACAGAUUUUUCCCUGGAUAUGAGAACUACACAUUAUUGAUCAAUAUGGAUACAAAUUAUACACAGAAUGUACGUUUAUCAGACCAAAUAUCAAAUUUGAAUGAUAUUUUAACUGUUGUUGUUGGAUCCGGGAACUCGAAUUUCAACACUGGAAACUCUGUAUCAACUACAGAAUGGUUGGCUUUAAAUCCUGGUGCCACAGUUGUCCUCACUGAUAACAUUUCGACAUUACCUAGUGUUCCAACAGAGGAGACAGCAACAAAAUCAACACCUUCAUCCAGCACUCAAUUGUAUAUAACAUUAAGAGUAGUAUUACUUUGCUUAUUUUUAAUUAAAAUUUGUAAUCUAUAGUAAGGCUCAUAUUUUUUAAUAAAAUAAAAAAUAAUUUAAAAUGAUAA